AUGCCUGAUCAGAGUGAUAGCCAGAAUAAGUCAGAAGAGCAGAGGAGGAAGAGAACUUCUGAGUCUAAAGAUGAAGACUAUGUAGCUGCUGAGGAGGAGGUCAACUCCAAGAAAAAGGUUGUCAAGAAAGAGUUUGGCACAACUGUAUCUACAAAGCCUGGUAUGCACAAGAAGGCUCUUGCAAAAAGAGUGCCCAUGUCCAAAGGCAGAGCCUCAACUCAUGAAACAAUUGAGUUCACUCUUGAACCAAAAGAGGCUGGUGCGGGCAAGAAGAGAAAAGAAAGGUUCAAGAAAACUAUGGCCAAAGUCAUUGGGAGAUCCUCUAUGAUGAGAGAUCCAGCUGAGGAUGAAGAGGAAGAGGAUGCUGCACCAGCACCUAAAGCUCAAAAGCUGAUGGGGGAUGUCAUCAAGUCUGGGGCUGCCCCUUCUAAGCCCAAGACAGCCCCCAAAGCUUCUACUCCAGCUCCCAAGACUGCACCAAAUAGGAGCACAAGGAAUAUACCAGCUGCUGAGAAGAACAAGGCCCCAAUGCCUGAGACUGAAGUUGAAGAAGAGGAAGAUGCUGAAGCCCAAGUGCUUAGGAAGCUAAAACCCAAGAUCCCAGACCAUGAUGACAAUCAUCCAGUGACAGAAAAUAUGAAGAUCAGAAAGGAUGCAGAUAAGAAGCCAAUUGUUUGUGAAAUGAAGUGGGCAGACCAGAAGUAUAUUGACAACAAUGAAGACCACUUCCCAGGAGUGCAUGAGAGCUUCAGGCUGUGUGGAGUAGAUGCUUUUGUGGGUACCAGGUACCAAUCGACAGUUGCUGAAUGGGCCAAACUAAUCAAUGCCCCUGCAGAGCAUGAGGAUGACAUAGAUGCUUAUGCCAAGAAGAAGAAGAUUCCCAACUCUAUGGCUAACAUGUAUAAGGAGAUUCCUGACAAAGCCUUGGAAACUCACAAGAUGGGCUCUUUGUUUGAUGUGCCCCAAAAGUUCAAAGUGAUGAGUCUGAUUGUUGAGACAAUCAACAUGACAACUAUAGAUUAG